GCAGUUCAGUCAAGAAAUGUUGACCUUUCAGACAGAAUAUCCACCGCCUCCAGGCUCCAACAUUCCAGUGCGACCGUUUGGUUCCGGAUGCGGUAAUCUUUACUGCUCAGACAGACUGUUGCAGUUCUUAAAAGCUACUCAUAUCAAGUUUAACUUUUACAAUCAUACUUUGGUACAGAAUCCUCUGCACCGGUACUAUGGCCUGGAAAGAAUUCUUGUCACUGGAAGGUGUGAAUGUUUCGGUCAUGCAUCAUCCUUCAGCUAUAUUGAAGGGAACUCCACGCACAUUGGACAAUGUAUUUGUGACUGUCAUCCAUCAACUAAUACGGAGGGAGAAACUUGCAAUCGUUGCAAGCCCCUAUACAAUGACAAACCAUUUAGAAGAGGUGAUCAUGAUGACUCAUACCCCUGUGUCAAGUGCGAGUGUAAUAAUCAUGCCAACAGUUGUGUUUAUAAUCAAACUCUGGACACCAGCCCUGACUCACGUACCCAGGGGGGAGGAGGUGUGUGUAUAAACUGUCAACACAACACUACUGGUCGUUUUUGUAAUGUGUGCAAGGAGAGAUUCUACAGGGAGUCUAGAAAGAGUCUAAAGUCACCGGAUGUGUGUUCGCCUUGUGGAUGUGAGGGGCUUGGGGUAGAGCCUGGAGAGUUGGAUUGUGUCAAGGAAGCUUCCAACUCAAGUGUAGUUGCUGGACAGUGCGUUUGCAAAGACAACACUAAAGGCCGUCAAUGUGAUGAGUGUAAAGAUGGAUUUUAUGAUCUCAAAGCUAGCCAUGCAACUGGUUGCAUUUCAUGUGGCUGUCUUCUUAAUGGCACCAUAAAUCGAAAUAUUUCAUGUCACCCAGAAUCCGGACAGUGUUACUGCAAAGACCGAGUGACAGGAAGAAAUUGCGACACCUGUAAGACAGGGUACUGGGGUCUGUCAGAGAGCAAUCCACAGGGAUGUACACAGUGUGUAUGCAACAUUAAUGGAACUGUGGGAGGAUCGGGUGAAUGUGAACAGCAAUCUGGAAACUGUACUUGUAAGCCGUUGGUGAUUGGUCAGACUUGCAACCAAUGUAAGCCGGGCACAUUUGGCUUGAACCAAUCAGAUACUAACGGAUGUCAACCGUGUAACUGUUUUCCCAACGGAACAAUAGAUGGAGACAGAAAGAGACCAGAUGAACUCCAAUGUUCGAGCAAUAAUGGACAGUGCUUCUGUUUGUCCAGUGUGUCUGGGCUGCGCUGUGACUCCUGUGCAGGACAGUGUUACUGCAAAGAUAGGGUGACAGGGAGAACAUGUAACACAUGUAAGGCAGGGUACUGGGGUCUGUCCGGGCAUGAACCUUUAGGCUGUAAGACGUGUGACUGUGAUCCGUUUGGAACAACAGCUGGGAAUGAAAACACUUGUAACUCAGUAACAGGGCAGUGCUCUUGCAAAGCUGGAGUGAUUGGGCGCAAAUGUGAUCAGUGUAAAGAUGGUUUCCACAGCCUUACGCCAAAUGGUUGUUCAUCAUGCAACUGCUCUAUUGCUGGUACGCCAUCAUCGCUUUUGGAUCAGUGCGACAAAACUACUGGUGAAUGUACCUGUAAGCUCAAUGUGGAAGGCAAAAACUGUGACCAGUGCAAACAGGGAUUCUACAAUCUGUCACAGAGCAAUCCACAGGGGUGUACACAGUGUGUUUGUGACACUAAAGGAACUGUGGGAGGGUCAGGUCAAUGUGAACAGCAAUCUGGAAACUGUACUUGUAAGCCAUUGGUGAUUGGUCAGACAUGCAACCAAUGUAAGCCGGGAACGUUUGGUCUUAACCAAUCAGAUCCUAACGGAUGUCAACCAUGUAACUGUUAUCCCAAGGGAACCAUAGAUGGUGACAAAAAGAAUCCAGAUGAACUCCAAUGUUCGAGCAAUAAUGGACAGUGCUUCUGUUUGUCCAGUGUGUCUGGGCUGCGCUGUGACUCCUGUGCAGCGGAAUACUUCUGGAAUCCAGCAGGACAGGGCUGUGUCCAGUGCCAGUGCAACACAACCGGGUCUGUUGGGAAAAACUGCAAUGAUACUGGCCAGUGUACCUGUAAGGCAAACAUUGGUGGACGGCGGUGUGAUGGAUGUGUAGAUGGUUUUUACGGCUUUACAACAACGGGGAACUGUAUUCCUUGUAACUGUAAUGUGGCUGGCAGUCUUACCAAUCAAUGUGAUGAAACUGGACAGUGUACAUGCAAAGUUAAUGUCGAAGGGAAACAGUGUGACAAGUGUAAAAACGGAACCAUAAAUCUUCAACAGAACAACAAGUAUGGCUGCAGCGGAGCCCCAUCUGAGCAGCCUGCACCGUUUGUAACAGUUCUCUCGUCCCGUGCAAUAAUGUUAACAUGGUCUCCACCAGACAAUCCUAACGGCAUCAUCCUGCGUUAUGAGAUGUACAGAAAUGAUACCCUGGCCUACACUGGACUGAACCGAAAAUUCAAUGACACUGGUCUCACUCCUGACACCGUCUACUAUUAUUACAUCAUUACCUACACUGAAUCUGGUCAGACUAGAAGUUUAGACGACGGAUACGUGUACCGCACCUUCCAAGACGCACCACGUGGAAUUUCUGCACCGGUCAUCACAGAUAUUCUACCCAGGAAUGCAACUGUUUCAUGGCAACCUCCCAACAUGCCAAAUGGUCGUGUCACCGAAUAUCGGCUGAUAUCUAUCAAUAGCCGAAGUUCAGUUGAAGUUGUAAACUGUCGAGGUGUUAUUUUCAUGUGUAAGUUGGGGAAUCUUAAACCAUACACUGUGUACAAUUUCUCAGUGGUGGCUUGCACCAAUGGUGGAUGCGCUCGUAGUAACGUUACAACCAUCCUGACGCUGCCAACACUUCCGGAUUUCCAGCUGGCACCAAAUGUGACGUCACUUCCGGGAGGCACUGCAGUGAGGGUAGAAUGGGACAAGCCAACCGAGCCGAACGGUAGAAUUCUUCGUUAUGAGCUGUACAUGCGCCUAGACGAAGACACAAGCGACGGAGUCUUGAAGUUCAAUAGCAAUUCUGCCCAUGACCCGAACAUUAUCAUCUUCAGAGAAGCGAACGUGACAGGACUGGUUCCAUUCACGGUAUAUGAGUUCAGGGUGCGAACAUUUGUUGCGCAAGUCAUGGGAGACCGAGUUAGUAAUUGGACAAGGCAUAGGACUGGCGAAGGAACUCCACUCGGCGAAAAUACCAUGAACACUGGUGCUCAUUUCUUGAACAGCACUGCUGUAAUAGUUUCCUGGAGUCCUCCCCAGAUCCCCCAGGGGGUCAUUAGUCGCUACGUCAUUUACAAGUGCCAACCUCCCUCUAGCUCAGUUGCCGUGAUAGCUGUGGAGUUGCCUGGGUCUGAGCGACAGGCCCUGGUCGCAGGGCUGCAGCCGUACACUCAAUAUAAGUUCACAGUAACAGCAUGUAACAGUUUUGCCUGCUCUGGGCAAAGUCCGCAAGCUCUUGUACGGACAUCAGCGGCAACUCCCGAACAACAGGGACCUCCCUCGGUCCUCUCAGUUGAUUCAUCCUCGGUGUACCUUAGAUGGCCUCAACCUCAGAUCCCUAACGGCCCAAUACCGCCGAGUUAUAACCUGAGCCGAGCUUACUCAGCCCUGCACUUCCCACCCCCUGUGGUGUCAGAAGGCGUGCAUUAUCCAGGUCUUGGAUUCUACAAGUUUCCUUCAGACUUUGUUCGAGCCGGUGCAAGAAAUGACAUUCAAUUCUGGUUUCAAACCCAGUAUGCGUCAGGUUUGCUUCUCUUUCUGGCUUCAGAUGGCUCACAGACUGACAUGUUAGCAGUUCAAUUAAAGGAUGGAAAGCCAUGGUUAAUAUUCGAUUGUCAAGAUGGCCCUGCUGCCUUUACGAUCAACCAGCCAGUCCGCUUUGACGAUGGCGAGUGGCAUCUGUUGAAGGUGUCACGUGUCAGCCGUCGAGGGACCCUGAAGGUGGACGGUUACCAAGCCAGUCAGAAUAGUCCAGGCGCCGCCACCGUGAUAUCGGCAAACACUGGGGUUUAUAUCGGCGGUCUUCCUUCCUCAUUUAAAAUUCUUCGGACGGACACAGGAAAUUCCAAAAUUGACAAGAUCAACUUUAUCGGCUGUAUACGUGGUGUCACUUCAGAACAGGCUGCUUCUGUUUCAAAGCAGCUCGAUUGGACUUCUGCGUUAGAAGCAGUCAGUGUCGAGCCUCAGAGAAAUGGAUGUCCAGAGAGAGACAACAAAAGAGCCUUGUUCCUCAGAGGCGGUGGCUAUGUCGCUAUGGACUCAAAUGUAGCGGACAUUUUUACUAAUAAUAUAUUUAGCUUUACUUUGAAGUUCCGCACUCAGCUGUCAUCAGGGUUGCUUCUGUUUAUGCACGGAUCAACAACCACAUUUUUCAUUCAAUUUUCUGAAAAUCGAGUUGAAACGAAAUACGUCACGUCUAGUGUGCAGGACAAUGUGACAGUUUAUUCGCCAUCUGGUGAAAUUUGUGAUGGAGAAUGGCACAACAUGACUUUAACUAAUUUCAACAACAGGUUAACUGUCUUCCUCGAUGGUAAAACUGAGGUUGGAACUGGAAUAACUAAUCUAAACAUACAAUCUAGCAUAUUCAUCGGAGGGGUCCCCUGGGGAUCUUCGACCGAAACAGUCGCCCAACAGGCUGGGGCGACUGUGGAGUUAUCUUUUGGUGGUUGCAUAAUUGUUCAGUCUUUGGCAAAAGAGAUCGAUUACAUAACUGCAGUCAAUGCCAUGCAUAAUGCGGACCUUGAUGGCUGCCGCCCUGCGCCCGCAUUAGCAACCAGAGGUCAAAUAGGAAAAUGUUUACCCUUUAAUAGUUCUGUGGUGUAUUCUGGGAAGACUGACAGAUUUAAUGACUCAUCCGUGGACAUUUUCACCGAUUACCUGUACCGUGUGGAAAGUUACCAUGAUGGAAGUUCAGGUUCAGCUAAAAGCGAGUGGAUUUUGAAACGUAGUGCGCAAGGAGUUCCAGAGAAUGUCCGAGGCCUUACCGCUGUCCGACGUUCCAAAGAGCUUGAGGUGCACUGGACCGAGCCCGGACGCCCUAAUGGUGUUAUUAUCCAAUAUAGUCUGACCCUGGAUAGACAAUUGGUGUUCAGCGGAACAGACAACAACUUCACAAUACGGAACUUACAGGUCUAUACAGAAUACCUCUUACAGCUGACAGCCUGCACAAGAAUCGGCUGCGCUCAAGGACCGGAAGUCCGUUUAAGAACCGGGGAACUACCCCCGGAGGGAGUCUAUACACCAGUGGCUUUUGUGCGUGGUACAACGGAGGUUGAAGUAAACUGGCGGUACCCUAAUAUUACAAAUGGGGUAAUCGUACGUUAUGAAAUACUAUUUGCAACCUGUGAAAUUUUAGACGCAUACGUUUCAAAAUUUAACGCCACCCCUGAUGUGUUCAGCACAAUUAUUUCAAAUCUCACGGCAGGGACAUUGUAUUACGUUCGAGUGCGCCCCUUCAGUGGAGGUGGCGGGACAUUUAGUGGAGCAGCUCAGGUAACGACACACGAGGAUGUCCCUGAUGAUAUCCCAGCACCUCUUGUAAUUGCUCUCAGUCCAUAUGCUCUAUUUGUGAUUAUGUUGGCACCGGGAAAACCGAACGGUGUCAUCUUAAACUAUGAAUUGUACCAAGAUGCGAUUUCAGAGCGUGUGUUGAAUGAAUCACAGCUUACGAAUUACACAGCGGUUCAAUUAAAACCUUACAGCCUUCAUACUUUCCGCGUUCGAGCUUGCACUGCACAAGGGUGUGCUUAUGGAAAAGAAGCUGAGGCUCAUACGAAAGAAAUCACACCGAUUGGAACUGUUACUCUCACUGCCCGUGUCCGCAAUGCUACAGCGGUUGACGCAAACUGGACACGGGUGGCUUUGCCGAACGGAAAGUUGUUUUAUAACUUAAUGUUGUAUGGAAAAUUCGUCAUCUUCGACUCGGCUAACUUGAGAACUGAGGAUCGUAUUGAAACUGCUAUUUCUGUUGAGGAAGCUGAAAAACUGUUCACAUACAAUGGCCUUCUUCCAUCCAGUGAUUACAGGCUCUGGGUGAAUGCGUCGAAUUCUGUUGGGUUUAUUCUGAGUAACAAUAUUACUGUGUCCACCCCUGAAGGAGAUGUUGAUGAAUGCACAAGUUUUACCCACGAUUGCCACUCACAGGCGACUUGUAGUAUCACGGAUGGUACGUUGAUUUGUACCUGCAAAGAAGGUUAUGUUGGAGAUGGUCGACAAUGCGCAGGUAAACUUUAUCAAUACACAGGCAAAAUCAAUUGACAACGCCUGCUUAAAAAAAGAUACUUGACAGGUUAUUAUUCUCUGAGAAAAAUUGGCGCUUUUCCAAUUUUGACCGUUUAGCAAAACGGCAAAAUUUUGAACCACGAAGCAACAUGACCAAGCUUUCGUCGUAACAAAAUUUACGGUGAGAUGUUGGCCAUGCAGUAAGAAAAUCCAAUUUUCGUCGUGAAGUAACGGCGGAAUGCUGGAUCAUUUGAUAAAUGGAAUCCAAUAUGGGCCUUUCAAGCGCGGCCAAAUGUUGGAUCAAAUAAAAAAUGAAUCCUCAAUAUUCCUGUUUUUAACACAGAAAUGUUGGAUUGUAUCAUAAAAGAAUUCAAUAUUCGUCGUUGGGCAACGGCGAAAUGUUGGAGCAUGUGUAUGAUGAGAAAAUCUCAUUCUUGUGUUAAGCAGUUUGUAUAAUAUAUCAUCAUGUAUAUAUCAGCAAAAUGCCUGUCUUCUCGUUUUUCGCGCUAAGCGCAGUUCAACAACAUACCGCGAUUUUCGCUUGUCUUUCCCUUUUCCUUUUUCGUCCAUAGCAUAUUGCAGUAUUAGUAUUGGUCUUUCUGUGGCCAUAACGAUGUAAGUGUUUUAUAGUCCUCUUUCCGUCGUGUUGUUUGUUAUUUCUUUACAUCAGAUAUUGUGAAACUCUUGUAAGUUUUCGUUAUUUUAGUUUCAACCUGCAUCAUUUCACCAUUGAGGAGUUAAAGUAAAUUAUUUUUGUUUCUAUACGUCGUGGAGUUGUUCAUCUCGUGGCCAUAAAUUUCAUUUUCGCAUGGUGCAAUUUCAUUAUGUACAAUAAACUUAAUAGAUGGGUUUUUUCCUUAAUGCUUCAAUCGUGCCCAAGUGAAUUUACAGGUAGUAAAACUGAGAGUCAUCAACGAAGUCAUAUUCCUCGUGAUAGAAAGAUCUCGCUUGAUACUAGUACAGGGAACCCAACCUGAGCAGAGAGUCAAGUAGGUGUACACUAACUAGCCAAUCUUUAACCACUGUGUAGAAUGAAAUUUUGACGGAUUUUUUUAUGUUUUUUGUGCCAGCGGAAACAAAUUUUUUGGUUUCAGAUGAGCAAAUUGUUGGCUUGAAACUGAUUUUAUGUAGACUCACUUUUCUUGCAGCAGUAUAUGAAUAAAGAGGGUAAUGCAAUAUUUUCAAAGUAUAUUAGUUCUUGAGUUGUGGUGCACGACUUAUUAGAGACAUUUCAUCGGAUUCCAUGUAGUCUUCAAAUAUAUUUAUAAAAUAAUUCAAACAGUACGCGCGUUCUG